AUGAGUAGAUCUAUGAUCUUCGUUACUGAAGACGGAGGUUCCACUUGGCAAAGGUCCAGCGUACCAUUUGUCUUAAGUGGCCAGCUGCGUUUUUAUCCACGUGAAAGACUGUCUCCUUGGGUUUUGACUUUAGAAGAAAAAACUUCAAUUUUGUAUCUGUCACUUGACAAUGGAAAAACAUGGAAACCAAUUCACGAUAAUGUUGUAGAUUACUUUUGGUCUAUUUAUGAAUCAGAUCCAGGAGAAACAGUAUACAUACUUUAUCAACCUCAGUCUGAUAAAAAUGACAGUGAAAGGCAUGUACUAGCAAAAUCAUCUGAUUUCGGUCUAACUUGGACUGAACUAUUGAAAGAUGUCAUUCGUGUAUGGGCUCCACGUGGAGUUAAAGUUGAUAUCCCAAGGCCUCAUGACAAGAGUACCAUUUCAUUUGACUCGGAGACAACAAACGAAUCUGAAACAAUUAAACUAGGACACUUCCUUUACGCUUCACACUUUGUAGACAGCGAAAAUCAAACUGUACAACUUAGUGUAUCAACAGACGGUGGUCGAACAUUCAACAAAGCCCAUUUACCAACUAUACAAGCAGAAAGAUUCUACUCAGUACUGGAAGUGGAAGAUGAUUCAGCAUUUGUUCAUGUGGAUGCUCCUAAUGACACUGGUUAUGGUGCAUUAUUUAUAUCUGAUGUCACUGGUUCCAUAUUCAGUGAAUCACUGCGUCAUCAUUUAUAUCCAAAUCAUGCACCAGUUACCGAUUUCUAUCGUGUAGCCUCUAUGCGUGGUACAUAUUUAGCGACACGUUUAAAUCCUGAUCGUACAUUGUAUACAGUGAUAACACAUGAUCGUGGUGCUAGUUGGCAUCCUUUAGGUGUACCGCUGAAUGUUCAAGAUACAACUUGUCAGGGAAAAACACCAACAUCAACACCGACGACGACAUUGUCACCACCACCUACGCCAACAACUACACAAGCAACAGCAGAGACAAGUACAAGUACAACUGCUACAAGUAAUGCAACUUCAUCGUCGACCAGCAGAGAUCAAUCUAAUCAUGACAAUGCAAUACACAAUAUCAUUAGUGAUGAUAUUAUUGAUGUAAUCGAUAAAUUGCAUAAUUCCUUGAAUUCCAUGACAACCAGUAAUCCAUCCAAUCAUCAUCCAUCAAUACAAACGGACAAUGAUAAUCCAACUCCUAGUGAAAUAUGGAAACCGGAUCCAAGCAUGAAUGAUUUGCUGUCAACAGAUCCAUUAUCAGUAAAAGUAUGUGGUCUACAAAUAAGCAAUCAGUUCAGUAUUAAAAAUCGUGUCAUUGCUUCACCACCGCUGUCAAUAGCCGCUGCACCAGGUUUAAUAUUAGCACAUGGACAUGUAGCAACACAUUUGAAAAAUACACCAGCUGAUGUAUUUGUCAGUUCGGAUGGUGGAUAUACAUGGAUUAAAGCACUUGAUGGACCACAUCAUUAUCAAAUUGCUAAUCGUGGCGGUUUAAUUGUCGCCGUUCCAGCUGAAACCUUAUGGCCAGAUAUAUUACGUUUUAGUACAGAUCAAGGUAAAUGUUGGCAUACAAUACCAUUACGUACUGGACAAUGGAUUAUUAAUGAAGCAAAUCGAUAUCAUGUGAAUACUAAUGAUGGCGAAGAAGAUAUUUCAAUGAAAACUCACACACAUCAUCAUCAUAAUCAUAAUGAUAUGUUAGAUGACAGCGAGGAUUCAUUAGAUCAUCAAAAGAAAUUUGUUACAGUGAAAAUCACAGAUAUGCCUUCUACUGUUUCUAAUUUAGCGAAAGAAAAUCAAAUUGUAUUCAAUAAAGAUAUUCUAACGACUACAAUUGAUGCGAUUUCUGAUAUUGUACAUCGUACAACAACACCCAGUGUAACUACUACUCCAGUUAAUACUGCUACUACUACUACUACCGUUAGUACAACUAAUAACACUAGUACAGUGAACAAUGACCUACAAAAUAGUUUAACAUCAUCAUCCUCACCGGACAAUCAACAUCAAUUUCAAACGACUGAUGAUAAAUCGUCAUCAUCAACAUCUACAUCUUCGUCAUCAGCAUCGUCAUCGUCAUCAUCAUCACAAAGAACCGAUGAAAUCGUGGUAUUCACUGGAUUAGUUACAGAACCCGGUGGUAGAGCUAUGGCUGCUGCUGUCUAUGGUUAUGGUACAGCGACACAACGAUGGCGUGUAGCUGUAGUGGAUUUUCGUACUAAUGGAAUGAUACAACGAAAAUGUACAUCGGAUGAUUAUGAAACUUGGAUACCACAUUCCUCGGAUGAAGGCGGUAAAGAUGGUUGUCUACUUGGUGUACGUGAACAAUAUAAACGGUUAAAAAAAGAUUCACUUUGUACAAAUGAAUAUGAAAUGGAAACACGUGUACAAAUAGAAUUUUGUCCAUGUACACAAGCAGAUUAUGAAUGUGAAUAUGGAUUUUAUCGUCAACCGGGAUCAUUGAAUUGUAUACGAAAUCCAUAUAUUCCACCAUUGGAUCCUUGUACAUUACCGAGGAAACAACGUCAAACUAUUCAUCAAUUAGGUUAUCGUUUAAUCCCUGGUGAUCGUUGUAUUGGUGGUUGGCAACCUCCAAUAUGGAAUCAGACGAUUUUAGACUUGAUCAAAUCAUGUCCAUACGAUACUACUACUGAUGGUGAGGAUGGUGUUACUGAUGCUGACAAUGACGGUGCUAAUUAUUUCAUCACUCACAAUCCAAUAUCAAUAAUUAUAUCGAUUAUACUACUUACAAUCGGUGUCAUAGUAUUAUUAUUUAUUUUAUGGAAUAAAACUCAUCAUCAUCGAUUAUUGACACAAACAACAAAUUAUCAUUUCGAUACAAGACAUUUUAAAAGUAUGACUAAUAAUGCUUUUAAUCAUAUACAUGAUUGGUUUAUUAUCCCAUUGAAAAGAAAUCAUUUCACUGGAUUUGUCAACAAUAGUCAUACUACUAAUACUACUCACAAUAAUAAUAGUAGUAUAAAUAAUAUUGAUAGAAUUUCUUCAAUAUUCAAUGAUAGUCGAACUGUUUUAUGGCCACCAACAUCUACUACUACUACUAACGCUACUCAUUGUACACCACCAUCAUCACUGCAUGAAUCCAAUACUCAUUCAAAUCAAUUUAAAAUUAAUUAUCUACAAUCAAAAUUAUUUAGUAAACCGCUAAAAACUACUCAAAUAAAUCAUGAUAGUAGUAUUAUUAGUAAUCAUAAUCAUAAUCACAAUUACAAUAAUAAUAUUAAUAAUAAUCAUCAUCAUAAUCAUUCAGUUAUUAUUCCAAAAAAAUCCAUUCUCAUUCCAACAAUGAAACGUGUCACUAACACUGGUCUACGUCAAUAUUUUCGUCAUAAUGAUAAAGACGUGACUAAUUUAUUAGAAGCAGAAGAAAUUCCAUCUUCAUGUUCAUUAUUGUCACUGUCAUCAAUCAAUAAUAAUAACAAUAGUAAUAAUAAUCACAGUAAUGAUUCCAAACAGUUAUAUGAUGAUCCAUUGAGUUCGUGUGCAUAUAACAAUUCUUUAACAAAAUUAUCCAAUGGAUUAACAAACAUUGUCCAUAACAAUAAUAAUGACUCUGAUACUUUAUCAUUAGUUAAUGAUAAUAAUAAUACUACUAACAAUAAUACUACUACUAAUGAAAAUUAUAAUCAAACUAUGCCAUUAAAACAACAACAACAACAUAGCUCAUCAUUCAUCUAUCUUCAUUAAAAAGAAGCAAAAGGAAUGAAUGAAUCAAACAAUCAUUCUUUUUUUUUUGUUUCAUCUUUUAUUUUUCGUUUUUAAACCUUCUCAUUAUUACAUAACACUUUCAAUAGUAGAGAUUGAAGAAGAGACAGUAAAACAUUACAAAAAGGGGAACUACAGUAACAAUAAUAUUAAUAAUGACAACAAUGUGAUUGUUAAUUGUUCGCAUAUUAUUUCUCUUCUUCUAUUCUUCUAUUUUCUUUCUGUUCAAUGUUCAUUUGUUUUUUAUUUGUUUUAUUUUCUUGUUGGUUUGUUUGUUUGUUUUUUAAAAAAAAAAUUUGUUGUUAUCACUGCUGAUUAUUUGUUUCAUUUUGAAUAAAUUUCUUAUUUAAAUGU